UACCAGAGAUAACGGAUGUACUUCUCUUUGUAGAGUCUACGGCUUUGGUCCUUUGGUUGAAGCAUGAUAUUAUCGUAUAUAUUAUAGUUAUUAAAUCUUUUUAACUUUGGUUAGUUAUAAAAUUGUGCUUGGUUAAUUUGUUUCAACAUUCAGAUCAAAUAAACUCUUACAUGAAAACCACAUUCAAUUGUACGGUUGCAGUGUUGAGAUCAAAUCAAUAAGUAGAGUUCUAGAUAUGUAAUUUUGGUCCUAGAAACUUCAGUAGCAAAAAACAGAAGCAGUCUAAAUCAUUUAAACGGAUAAAAAUUAAUGAAGCAAGUGUUGGUCCAGGAAUCGAAAGUAUAAUGCAUGCAUGUAUCAGCCCUUUCACUGGAAUGAUUCCUGCGUGGAGAAACCAUAAGGGUCAUAUUAUUUCCUCUCAUAAUCUUAUUUCUUAUUCUCUACAACCAAAUUAAAAAUAGUUAUUCUGAUGUUUGUAAUAAACAGAGGAAAGCAUAGCAUGAGGCACGGGGAAUGAUUUGCAUCGAAUAAUAAAUUGCCUCAUAUGUAUCCUACCUCGCAAGAAAACUAUACAAGUACUCUUAUUUUUAUUUUUGGCUAAGAUAAUACUCUAUUAUUAUUUUCUUGGUGAAAUAAAUACUAUUAUUAUACCGUAUAGAUUAAUAUACCAACUAAUUACACUAGCUAUUUGGUUUUUAGAUCAGCUCAAGCUUAAAUAAUAGUAUAAUGAUUUUUUUUGAUGUGAAAAGAAAACACUAUGGAGAAUCGAGAAUCAUUCUGGAUUUGGUCUUAUGGCUCGAGACACAUCUUAUUGUUAUAUGCAUGCACUGUCUGCGUUUUCAGCACGCGCUUCUCUUUUGUUCGUUUUCCCUUCGAGAUUAAUAUAAUAACGCAAGAAACUUAUUAAUAAAAUUGGAAUCUGAUGACCUAAUAUUUUGUAUGUAAACUUCUUAUGAUAAUUUUGUAAUUUAAUCCAAUAGCAAUAAAUAAUUAAACAUAUAUAUGUAUAUAUUCUUAUCUUAUGAUUUGAUGAAGUACCCUACUUAAUUUAUAUAUUACUGGAUGUGUCUUAACUGGAAUAGUCUGAGUGGAGAUAUUUUCUUGGAGUAUUUCAUAGUUCUGGUCCAAGUAUAGCAGAUGAGAUUAUCCCAAAAAUGAUCCAAGCUGGUCAUGUUUUCUGACUGAGUAAAAAUAAGAUAUGUGGUCACAAUAUCUAUACUCUUAGAUAUGAAAGCAUGAUAAAGAAAAACAACAACAUAUACAAAAUACAAUGAGAAAGAUUAUUGGGAGCACAACAUGAAAUAGUGAUGAAUUAGCAUAUGGUGUGUGAAAGAUAGUGGGCCUCUUUGGUUAAUUAUUAUUGGAUAUAAACUUGUGUGCGCAUGAUACAGUAGCACUCGAUUUAUCCUCAUUUGUACAAGCUUCCCCUACUCCCAUUUUUAGUCUAUGUUCCAUUUAGUCAUUUAGUAAUAAUAUUUAAUUAGAGUUAACUUAGAGACAGCAAACAGUGAAGUUUUUAACUAAAAAGAUUUAGAUUGAAAAUAAGUCCAGUAACAUUGUUAUAUGUUUUGAUAUAAAUCAUAUCUGACAGUUGAAUCAUGGUUUUUAGUAUCUUGAUAAUUAUCAAGAAAAAAAAAGACCAUCUGAUAAGUAUCUUGAUAAUUUUUUGUAACUCCAAUCUUUGUAAGCAAAUUUGCAUUAAACCUAUGAUAUACACUUACAUACAUGUAUUUACUAUACUUUUUAUUAAUCCACUAAGAAACGUAUUUACUAUACUUUUUCUUAAUCUACUAACAAUCAUGCUUAAACCAUCUGAAGUUACUUCUGUAUAACUUUAUAUAAUCCUUUUGACAUAUGACAUGUCAAAGAAAAAACGUACCAAAUAUAACUACAUAAGCGUAGUUGUCACCCAGAGGAGUGACUUAAGUAGGCCACUAUGUUCACAUGUCACUGUCUUAAGGAAUGGAUUUGUUAGUUGUGGAGUCCACUUUUCUCUUAGUGUCCUCGAUUUAGGGCUCAUUUACAAUGAUGCUGUAAAAUUCUCACCUCUUCAGUGUGGCACUUUUCCACAUAGGCUGUUCCUUCCAAAUCCAUGACCUACAACAUAUGUUGAGAAGACGACUUGUGCCCACAAGUAUGCUGAUAUAUCUAAGAUAUGACAUGCUUGAACUCUCGAGCUUUUGACGAUAAUUCUUUUAUUUUUUAUUUUGGUUAAAGCUAUGAGUUUAUACAACUAUAUGGUUAAUAUGAAUGUGCUCCCACUGAUCUAUCAUUGUAUUGUGUAUAUGUUUUGUUUUUAUAUGUUUGGUUUUCAUAUUUAAAGGCAUCUCCAAUGACACACAAUAAUUUCAUUUAUAUUUUACUCUAAAAUAGAGUAAUUCUAUUAUAGUGUUGGAUUUGUUCUAAUGGUUCACUCUAUAACAGAAUUAUUAUAUAAUAGAGUGAAAUAUAGAUGAAUGUUGUUUUUAUUCCAAAUAUAGAGUAAAAAAAAAUAAGAUUACUCAAUAUUUUACUCUAUUAUAGAAUAAACUAUCGGAAAAAAUUUAACUUUAUAAUAUAAUUACUCUAUUUUAUAGUGAAAUAUAGAAAACAUUAUUACGUGCUAUCGGAGAUGGUCCAAGAGAUUAUGGAGAUACUUGAAUCCAUUUAGCAGGCUUGGAGUGAUCCACUAUGCAUAUAGUUCCAUUUCACAUACCUAGUUGAAAUAAGGGGUUAAUUAUAUUUAUAUCUAAUCUUUCAAAUUUUGUUUACGAUGCAACUAAGAUAUGGUUGGAAUAUUCUAUUCUUUUAAUUAUUUGAUUAAUAAAUAAUAAUGUUUGGGUGUGGGAGUGAUGGAAGAGACAAGUGAGAGAGACGAUUGGUGGGUGCGCGUGCAGCUCUCUACUUGUGGGAUUGUGGUCGUAAUGCUUACUGCUCUCCUACCCCUAAACCUUUCCUCCUUGUUUUCUCCUUUUCUGUUUAUCCAUUUUAAUAAAAUCUUAAUAAGAUUUGUUUUUUGAACAAAAAAUAAUUUUGUUUUUUCACCAAAAAUAGAAUGCAAUUCGUCUUCGUUAUUCCUUCACAGUUACAUAAAUUAACAUAUAUUUGGGUGUCAGUAGUUAGUUAAUUAUUACUCCGAACUCAAUUAACAUAUAUUUGGGUCAGUAGUUAUUUAUUUUCAGCUUAUUCCAAACAAUAUUGGUUUCGUUAGAGUAUGAUUAAUAGAUGUUUUUAAUUAUAAUAGAGUUUUUAUCAGAAUAUAAGAAAUUGUUUUUUAUAUUCCGUUAAGAACUCUACCAUAAAAACUUUCAAUUAAUCUCUUAUAUGCUUUGAUUUGCUCAGUUGAGUCAAAGUUGGCUCUAAACAAAGUAAACUCAACUCAGUUUGGGUAUGUUUUAUACUUUCAUGUGGUGUAUAUACAUACACAUCUAAUGACUUUUGACACAUCAUAUAACGACAUUCAUGUAAAAUAAUGGACAAUGAUAAUAAUGCCAGACACACAGUUAGACAAAAUUGCAUGGAAGCUAGAAAUGAUGUUGAAAGGGCACUUUUGGUGUCACGUAGUGAAGCAUUCAUUUCAUUGUCCUAAAUUAAAAUUGUAAAAUAUAUAAUUAUCAAAUUGCCACGCCUGAUCGUUUUUAUUUGCUAAUUUCCCGUUUACAAGAGUGCUCAGUCUUGAUACACCGUUCUCAUUUGAAUGGUAACCAAUCCGAAGUAACUAAUCUGAAAUUGUAGAAAAAAAACGAAUCCGGAAUCGUAUCAAAAUUUAUUUAAAUAUAAAAUAAGUUUUAUAUAUCCAAUAACUUGAAUUGCCUGGAGAGCUAGAUCAACAACAACAAAAAAUAAUAAAUUGAACUUGAAUUUCUUUGGAUAUAAGUACAUUAUUGGUUAAAAAUGGAUUCGAACUCAAAAUAUAAAACCGUUCCAUAUAUUAAAUUUGGCUAGACUUCAUCUAUUAUUAUUGAAAAUCAAAAACUAUAAAAAUGAAACGUAUCAUUAUCGAAAUCGUGGUUGAACACAUCAACUACUAACCAGUGGUGUCGACGAGCGACUAUUGAUGAAUACUAGUCUGUCGUGAUUAAAUUCAUAUCUUUCAUAUAACUAUAAUCAUUUUCUCUUUUGGUGUCACUAAGUAUAUGUGUUCCAACUUUAUUUAUUAUGUUUUAGCAGUCUUGAUCCCUCUCUAGCGGUCCUAGCUACAUUUAACAUAUGGACAUACACAUUCGGAUAUGACCGAGCUAGUUGUGGUCAAAUGAAUCGAAGAGCUAAUGUUUAAUGAUUCAUGUUGAUGCAACAAAAUGAACUUUAGUUAUGAUUCAAACUUUAAUAAGGCCCCUCUAAAGUUAGCCCCCCAACAAAAUCAUCUUCAAAUUAGCACACGAUUUAUCAUUUCUCUUUCCAACCAAAAAAGAGUUUCAUGCUACAUUCAAUUAUUAAUUCUUUUCGCUAUAUAUUAAAAAUUUGUAAUUUUUUCAUCUUUUCAGGCUGUUGUUCUUAUCUUUUGUUUGGAUUUCGGAGCCUGGAUACUUGUCGAAACUAUGGAUUUUUAUUUAUUUACUAUAGCUGAUUAUCAAUGUUUAUAUGUGAUUUUAAAUGAAAUACCAAGAACAAAUAAACCUAAGUUUUGUUGAGUUAAGAAAAAAUAAAGUGUUUUGAGUUUAGAACAAAUUGUCUACUGUAGAUUACCCGGAUUUCUGAUUGGAUCAUCUUUUCAUGCUCUUCACCUUCUCUUCCGAACUUCUUAUGAUUAUCCUAUUUGAACAUAUUAGAUUUUUUUUUAGUUUGCUUGACUUGAUAAUUUUAGUCUGAGGUUUGACUUUCUAUUUUGAACAAACUGAAUGUUGACUCUUUCGGAUAAGUUUGUUGCCAAACUUUAGUCAGUUCAUUUCUCACAAAAGGUCCUACAUCAAUUGGUUUAUUUCCUUUUGGUUGGACCCAGUUCUUUAAUUAACGGGCAUGUCCUUUGGUUAUUACACGCACACCAACAAAUUUCCAUAGCUAAUCUCUAGACUGAACAAUUCUCGGAACAUACGUUCAAUGGUUUGGCAAUUCUGUUUGUUGGAACGGAAGAAACAAACAUGACUAUACAACUGACUUAACGAUUAUCCGUAGCUAAUCUCUUUUAUUUCAUCUUCAUCCUCUUUUGUUUCUCAAUUAUCCGUUAAUGUCGCCAAUCUUUUAGUAACAUGAUUGGUAGCUUUUGAAGCAUAUUAAAUUUUAUUGCUAACAUUUGCAAACACUAUACAACUGACUUAACGAUUCUAUACAGUUUUACCGAUACCAUAAUUAUGCAAAUUUACAUUUACCAAUACCUACAGAUCUUUCUCAUUACAGAACACAAGAAACCAGAACAGAAUCAGAAACACACACUAGUUAGAUCUCUAACAUACACUAAGAUUCACAGAUACAUACACGCAAAACACAAACUCUCAUCAUCUUUCUCGUUUCAUUAUGCAUGUAAUCAUGAUUUCUCGGUCUCUUAACCUCGCAUGCUCCUGUUUCUCUAUCCUCUAGAAUAUCUCCUAUAAAUACCACUUCUCCUCCACUAAUCACCACUACCCCUCUCUACACACACAAAAAGACAUUUCCUCUGUUCUGUUCUAUCGCCACACUUCCCCUGUUCUGUUUCACUCCCACAUCUUCUUCUGACCAUACAAUGGCAGUGUCUGGGUUCGAGGGUUUCGAGAAAAGACUCGAACUUCGCUUCUUCCACGACAACUCAACACCCAAUAAAAACCCAAUGGGCCUCCGUCUAAUCGACUUCGAAUCACUAGACCAAGUCCUAACCCAAGUGCAGUGCACGGUGGUCUCCGCCGUAGCGAACCGUAGCUUCGACGCUUACGUCCUCUCCGAGUCGAGCCUCUUCGUCUACCCAACCAAAAUCAUCAUCAAAACAUGCGGAACCACUCAGCUCCUCAAAUCAAUCCGUCCCUUCAUCCACCUCGCGCGUACUCUCAACCUCACGCUACGCGCGUGUAGAUACUCGCGAGGAAGCUUCAUAUUCCCUAACUCGCAGCCUUUCCCUUACACUAGCUUCGAAGACGAAGUCGUCAUCGUUGAAGAUAGCCUCCCGAAAGAAUCUCUCCGUCACCGUAAGGCUUCCGUCAUGACGCCGUCUAAUAACCCCUCGCGCGCUUGGCACGUGUUCACGGCCAGCGCUGACGUGGAACCUGAUGAGUCUGUCGUUGUCGUUGAGGUCUGUAUGACGGAGCUUGACCGAGUCAACUCGCUGAGCUUCUUUAGACGGAAAGGCGACGGGAACAGCGAUUCCGCCGGGAAAGAGAUGACGCGGCUGAGCGGUAUUGAUCUGAUAAACGAAAACGCGUUUAUAUGCGAUUUCGCGUUUGAUCCUUGCGGUUACUCGAUGAACGGAGUCGACGGCGAUCGUUACUCGACGAUCCACGUCACGCCGGAAGACGGUUUUAGCUACGCGAGCUUCGAGUGCGGGCUGUCUUUAUACGACGACGGUCGUGGAGAUGUCGCGGAGGUGUUGAGUCGCGCUAUUGAUGUUUUCCGGCCGAGUUGCGUCUCCAUCGCCACCACUUACGGCGGCGAGGAUUAUGACCGCGAGGUGACAAAGCGAGUGGAGCGCGUGUUGGCGAAGAAUCUCGGUCUCAAGUGUCGGAGCAGGCUAAUGGAUGAGUUUCCGGGAUCGGGAACAGUCGUUUUUCAGUCUUUCACGCCUCGCCGGAGAUAGGUGUCGCCGGAAGAGAACAAAAAAGGUUUUAGAUUUUAAUUAGUUGAGGGGAGAAAGAAAAGGAAGGUGGUGACGUGGAGGGAAAUGAUUGGUUGACUUGGGUUUAGAAAUAUUAAGUGGGAACAUAUGAUCAUGCACCCCACUUCGCACCUGUGGCAGUGUUGUCAAUGUGUCACGCCUAAAGCAUUUUUGAGGUUCAGUGUUGUAGAAUUUUAGUGGCGGAGAAGGUAAAAAUGUUUGUUCCUUUAUUUCUUUCUUCUUUUCUUUGUUAUGUUUCUUUUUUAUAAAAUUUAAAUCUCUUAUAUCAGACGUUUGAUAUACGGUUUACUUGUUCUUACUUAUAUGUUGCAAUCAUCACCGUAAAGUCUAAGAAGAAUAUUUACUUAGCCCAGGA